AUGUACUCAAUUUUACCUAAUGAACUUGUUCUCAGUGUACUUCGCUAUGUUCUUAAAGGAACAAGAAAGUUGCGAAGGACUUGUAAACAAUGGAAUGACUUGGUUACAGUUGCAAUUAAUGAUGAAAUCUCUCAAUCCUUUGAACAUGGUUGGAAAAUUUGUAUAUUUUCAUCAUAUCAACCACCAGGUCAAGAUGUAGCUUACGAAAUAAGUCAUCCAAUUUACAAUAAUUCGAAAGGAGAAUUUGUAUUUACCGAGUUUCCUACCGAUUAUAAAUCAAUUCUUUAUUGGCCUGUAGAAAUUUGGUUGAAUUAUGAUAGAUUUUGCGUAUCCUCUUUUUCAAUUGAAUUUGAUGAUUAUUUGUUCAAAAGAGGAAAUAAUAAUAUUCAUUAUAUUGAUCAGUCUGGGAAUAUUAGCAUAGAAUUUUUAGAAAAAGAUUGGAAAUUUAAAAUCAUCGAUUGGAAAGUUAAAGAUGAAAAAAUUUUUAAGACUUUAACUGUCUAUUCAAGUGACACCUAUUCUAAAUCAAUUAAUAAUUAUGAUGUCACAUAUACUGCGUCACAUUGGAAAAAUGUUAUGAAGCGUGAUAUAUUGUCAUGUGUCCUAUAUGAUCAUAUUAUCGAUACACUUAAAACACCAUCCCAGGAACAGCGCUUUUUUUUUAAUAACCUUUAUUUUAUUUUCAUCCCACAUAUUUUCAAUUCGGAUGAACCAUAUAGUGACUAUAAUGUCGAAGGGGUAGAUGAAAAUAAUUGCGAGUUUAAAAAAGUUAUAUACUUGUUUUUAUUUUGCAAACAAAGGGUAGCUUCUUCGGUGCUUACUAAUCCUAGAGAAUGA